GUGAGGCGCCGCGCCGGCUUCCUGCGUGGCAGCUGAGCCGACCGGACGACACACGGCACACGACACGACACGCAGCAGCCACGAGGUGCGACGCCCCGGCCACACCACACGCAGCUGAGGGCGGCGGCGCGCUCCUACCUGCUGCCACACCCCACCUGCCGCUGCCUGGCUGCCCGCGACCGCGCGCUGGAGGAAGCUGCCUGACUGACGGAUGUUUUGCUGCAGCAGUGCCGGCGAGCUCGCCAUGUCCGCCGACUCGGACAGCGGCGGCUACGAGAGGUGCUCGGCGGACGGCGGCGGCCGCGUGCUGGCCAUCCGCGCGCCGGCCGCGGUCCGCGCAUGCGCGCUGUCGCCCCCCGGCGCGGACCCCGUGCGCAUCUCGGCCGUCCCCAACGUCGCCUGGCGGCCGCAAGUCGCCUCGCAGAUGGAGAGAGAUUACAAGAAGUCUGCAUGCGAUAGAGAGAGAACGCGCAUGCGUGACAUGAACCGAGCCUUCGACCUGCUGCGGGAGCGACUGCCAACGUGCAAGCCGCAGGGCAAGAAACUCUCCAAGAUAGAGUCCCUCAGGCUGGCGAUCCGCUACAUCCGGCACCUGCAGGCGCUGCUAGAGGAACCACUGCCGCCGCCAGAGCCCGCGGGCCUCAGCUUGGGGGUGGGCCUGGGCCUGUCGCCGCAGCCCGCCCCCGCCGCCGCCCCCGCUCCCGUCGGCUGCUACUGCCCGGACCCCUCGUGCCAGCCGCCCCCGCACGCCUUCGGCUACGGCUACUACCUGCCCUCGGAGAUGGCUGCCCUUCACCAGCCCACCGUCGACUACUCGUUCCUGCAGCACUACUGAUCGCCGCGCCGCCACCUCACCGACCGACGCUGCUGGCGCGCGGACAAAGACAGGACCUGAAUGCCAGCAGUUCUCGGACUCCAUCCCCCCCUCCCCGUCUCCUUGUCUGUCUCAUUGCUACUACUAGUCGUCAGCGUUUCAUAAAACCCAUUUAUUCCACACACAAGGUUAAGGAAGAUUUUGCGACAAUGUCAUCCGUAGUUAACUAUGGAACAGAUUCGUAUCUAACUGUUUUGUGACAAGUGAGUGUUUAGUAUUUUUAAGAUACAUAUAGGCAUAUACGACGCAUCAGUGACAGAAACUGGAUGUAUCUACCACAUGAACAGUCCUCACUAACUAUCAAUUCCUUUGUUGCUUUGCCUUACAAUACACUGUCAUUUCUAGAGUUUAUUAUCACAGGAUACGAGUUACAAUUUAUCGUCUAAAGUUGUGAGUCUGUUCUCAUAACUCUAAUGCUUUCAGAGUCCGUCCUUAGACGCAUUCCACAACUUUUCUUUCUUAUUUCAGUCGUACAAGGAAGACUAUAGCUGGCAGACCUAAGAAAAGACAACGAUGAGAUUACGCGUCCUAAGGUCCAACUGAUCAUGAAUUACGACAAUCCCAACGAAGGUUACUGCAACGGAAUAGAGUAUGGUCCAGCAGAACAACCUAGAUAACUUCAACUUGCGAUGAGUGGUUUCAUCUGUUAAAAUAUAUAAGAAAAUCAUACCGCUCGGACAAAAAUUAGUUUCCUCUUACGUCAAAACAGAUAACAGGUACUUACGUUGCACCAUUUUUUUGACCCUCAUACAGUAUUUAAUGCGUUUGUUUUACAACAUAGUAGGAAAUAUUUUCCACAGCCCCACAGUAAUUUCAGAGAAAAUGUUGUUAAUUCAUCAGCUAGACAUACUUCUCAUUCAUGUUUCCAUCGGAUAACAAGCCUUAUUAGUUUACGCUUUAUUUAGGAGGUGCAAAUAAAAAUCUAAUCAUUCGUAAUUACGGUAACGCCGAUUCGGGAACAGAAACAGAAUGGGAUGUAAUGGCUGCCACAAAAUAGAAAUCUAUUUGUACGAGGGCCGUUCAGAAAGUAACCUCCGGUUUAUUUAAAAAAUACACCAAGUUAAAUAAAAAUAUUUUAAUAUAUACAUCUUACAACUACAUCUUUGCACUAUUUUUCUACAUAGUCUCCAUAGCGAUUGAGGCACUUAUCGUAUCUCUUCACAAGCUUUGAAAUUCCUUCUGCAUAAAAAUCACCCGCUUGUGCCUGGAGCCAGCCUGUGACCGCAUCUUUGAGCUCUUCGUCGUCAUCAAACCGCUGUGACCCGAGCCAUUUCUUCAAAUGCAUGAAGAGGUGAUAAUCACUUGGCGCCAGGUCUGGGCUGUAAGGUGGAUGGUUGAUAACGUCCUAUUGAAGGACUCAAGAAGGGCCGUUGUUCUGCGAGCAGAGUGAGGACGGGCGUUAUCGUGCAAAAAAACGAUACCGGAAGUCAGCAUACCACGGCGUUUGUUCUGUAUAGCCCGUCGUAACUUUUUUAUUGUUUCACAGUACACGUCUUGAUUAAUGGUCGUACCACGUUCCAUGAAUUCAACCAACAACACCCCUUUGGCAUCCCAAAACACCGUUGCCAUCAGUUUUCUGGCAGAAAAAUCUUGCGAGGCUUUUCUUGGUUUGGUAGGCGAAUUUGAAUGUGCCCACAUCUUCGAUUGUUCUUUUGUCUCAGGGUUCACGUACUUAAUCCAGGUUUCGUCACCGGUCACGAUUCUGUUUAACAAUGGUUCUCCUUCGUCCUCAUAACGUGACAGAAAGUCUAAUGCAGAGGCCAUUCUUUGAGUUUUGUGGUGGUCGGUAAGAAUUUUGGGCACCCAUCGUGCACAGAACUUACGGUAACCCAAUCUUGCUGUCACUAUCUCGUACAAGAGAGUCUUAGAAAUCUGUGGAAAACCAGUAGACAACUCCGACAUUGAGAAACGUCGAUUUUCACGAACUUUUGCAUCAACUGUCUGAACGAGUUCGUCAGUCACCAAUGAUGGUCUACCACUCCUCUCUUCAUCAUGAACGUUUUCUCGUCCACUUUUAAGUAAACGUACCCAUUCACGGACAAAUUCUUCACUCGUAACUCUUGGUCCGUACACGGCACAAAGCUCACGAUGAAUAGCUGCUGCAGAAUAUCCUUUGGCUGUAAAAAACCUUAUGACAGCACGCACUUCACAUUUGGCGGGGUUUUCUAUUGCAGCACACAUUUCAAACUGCCACAAAAACUAAACUAGCGCAGGUACGACGUUCACUCGACCACGGCUUGAUGCCGACUGACCUGUUGAGUGCGUGAACGCACAGAUGGCGUCGCUACUCCCUCCACAAACCGCACUGUGACCAAUCGGAGGUUACUUUCUGAACCGCCCUCGUAAUUCUUCUUUCCGUUUAUAAUUUCUUUUCCUUUUGUAUUCCACAUGAAAGUAGUCAGAAAGUCGAAAUAUACCUUAUAGGUGCCAACCAACCAAUAUACAGAUUCCCAUUGCACAUAUACAUUGCCUAUACGUUGCGAGAAUCGUGUUUACACGAAGCAUCUGAAAUAGAUGGACCACUUCUAUACAGUAGUAUAACUCUAGUCAGAGGGCAACACAUACGUAAAGCAUAACCUGGAUCGCUAGCGUAUACUUUUAUCGACUGACAACGACGUAGUCAUAAUAAGGGAAAGCUGAGGUUCUCAUUCAGCACUGGAACUUCAGUGUUGCAUCUAACGAUUGAGAACGCCCCAGAUCGAACCCAUAAGCUGCUAGUAAACUUUGCAUAGAGUUAUUUUCUACAGAAUUAUCUCUUCACAGCAACGGAUAUAUUUCUGUUCCAUUUCACAUUAGAUCCGUGGGUGGCACAAUGCUUAGAUAUUCCUACAAGUGGCUAUCCAAAAAUGCAUGAAACUAGUCACUUUACUCGUGUGUGCAGUCGAAAGAGGAUUUUGUUUGCGUAGUCCAUAAUUAUUUAUACCUUGCAGUGAUUCUUGUUCUUGUAGAAUAUAAUCACUAGUCUUAACUACCAAUGUGGUUCUGAAAAUGCAGAAGCACUUACAAUAAACAUGUAAUACAUGUACUUCUAUUUACUUACGUAAGUUAUCAACUCAAAAUAAAAUAUAUUGCAACAUAAAAUUGUUUUCUACUGUGGUCAAGAAUUGCACUAUGACAACACGCUAAAGUGUA